UAUUGUUUAUUAUUUCGUUGUGUUAAGUCACACCGCGCGCCGCUCCAGUCAUCGCAACCGCGGAGGGCUGUCGUCAUGACAACCUAACAUUCCGGAAGAACUUCACUAGAGCUUCAGCGAAAUAACAAGAUGGCUGUGAAUGUCAGAAGAGGUUUGGAGAUCCCAGAGCCAUCAGAUUACAGCAGUUGUGAAGACGAUGAUGUGACUUAUUUCACAGAUCUGCAGCGGCCUGAUAAUAAUCUACCAGAGUCUGCGAGAGUGAUCAGUAAGCUGUUAAAUAACCUUGUUGACAGUGCAUGGGAAGUUAUAUCAGAGCAGGAGAAGAUCAAGAGGGAUGAAGAACCAGCAAGACAAAUUCCUGUGCUGAAUGCUACUAAAGAAAUGAAGCUUCCAGGCAGAACUAAUAGCAUUGUGAGCUCUGAUGAUGGACUUUACCUGUUUCUGGGUCACACUCAUGGUCUGUCAGUCAUCAGUUCAUCCACUCUCACCUGUGUAAGAACGUGGCAGGAUGAAAGAGUGGAGAUUACAAGCAUCUCUUGUGCCUCUCUGGGAAAUGCCACACACCUCUUAUUCACAGUGGAUGACAUGGGUAUCGCACGGCUUUUUGUGCAUCACAUGGAGAAUAUUCAUUUAAUAAAAGUCAUCAAUGAAACUGAAGAUAUAAACCAAAGAAACAUCUGUGCAAAAUUUGAAGUGUCUAGAAGUGGGGACUUUGGAGCUGCAGUCAUGACAUGUAAAUUUCCUAUUAAAAUAUGGAAAUGUAAUAUAAAACCAAAAAUACAGUUAACUGUGAGUGCUACUGAUUCAUUAAUGCUGUUGUGGUGUAUUGUCAAUGAAGCCAGUGGCUCUGUUUGGCUGGAUGUCUAUCGCUUCCCACUAGAUGUGUGGCUCAAAGAGCUGGAAACCAAACAGGCUACACAAACCCAACAGACCACAGAAGCCAAACUGUCUCCAGUAAUCUUACUCAUGAAGAUCAAACCUCCAGAAAUUCCUGCAGGAACCUCUCUGAAAAGUCCAUCUGAGGUCCUGCAGAAGACGGAGGAAGGCACUAUAAUAGGCUCAGGCCAAAAUCACCUCAUUAGUAGUCGUCAAUGGGAAAACCAAGAUGCAGCAUUUAAGAAAAUGUUCAUGAAGUACCUCAGCUCCAGCUCUGUGAUGACACCACAGCAAAAAGCAGAAGGACCAAGCAACUGUACUCUUCACUUCUUAGUGCGUGAGGGGUUUCAUUCAAUGUCUGGGGAAGCAAAUGCAGCUAGAGAUAUUCCCAUUGCUGUGUGCCUAUGGUGGAAUGGCAGCCAUAAUCUCUUAGAGUAUCUUCUGCUGAAGACCCUUAAAGAGAAGGACAGUGAACCCAGGCCAGAUGUUUUGUGGCCUAAUUCUCAGGAAAUCCUCUGCUCUGCCGUCAGUGCCUGCACACGGUUCAUUGUUCUAGGGCUUGACGGUCAGCUGGUUACUAUAUGGGACAGACGGUUUGGAUUUCCAUAUGCCAAUAUUGUGAUCCCAGGAGAUGGUGCCAUUUGCAGGAUGAAGCUUCUUUUGCAGAGUCAGUUGCCAGGCAAUCCGCUCUUUCAGGGUCCCUUUUUACCCACACUACAGUUAGUGCUCACUUGCAGAAAUGGGGCAUGUUACAGUGUGACAGCAGGCGGAGGAGGAGACACAUGCACUGUUGCACUUAUUGAAAGACCUGCAGGCACAGGCAGUUCUGUCACUGUUGCUGAACCUAUGCCCUUCCUGAAGUGUCUGAUUUUUUUGAUGCAGAGAAAUGGGCAAGUAUCCAUAUGGGAAACGGAGGAUGGAGCACCAGUAUUUAUCUUAAACCUGCCUCCAACUCAUGUGCUGGGCUCACUCAGGGAACCUGUGUGUCUGCUUGAGCCAGUCCAACAAAAACUAUAUAUUUCAGGUGACAGAAAAAGACCUUUGAUGGAGGUGACUGAUAGGAAUAAGGAUGAGACCUCUCUCUUCAUCUUCAGCUUUUCAGAAUGCACACUGAUGGAUCUAUACCGUGUCGCGAGUCCAGCUGUAAGUGAAAAAGAGACCAGAGCCACACUCUCAGAUUUGGAGGAGGCCUGCAACCUUUACUUUAAGGAAAGAGCUGACUCUUGGAAAGAGAGGAAAAGAAAUUUGGCUUUCCAAUGGGAGCAGCUUUCGAAACGUGAUAUUAAAUGAUGCUUCAUAUACUACAAAGAGAUCCAGACAAGUCAUACUGACAGACAGAGAAUGCGUCUUCUUUUUUCUGUAUUAAUGAGGAUCAAAUGUAUGCAUGCAUUAAUUCAUCAAUUAGCCAGAGAAAAUACUAUGUUUACAUUUUUGCUGUCAUAUAAAAAAAAAAAAAAAAAAAAAAAAACAUUGAAUACAGUACAUUUGAAAUUCAAAUGAAAGUUCAUUUCAGUUCAGGGUUAUUAGGAGAUUACAUGUCAUUUUCAGAAGAAGCUCUUCUACAUGAAGCCAGGCCAGUGCAAAUGUUUAUAUGUGCAUUUGUCUUAAUAUAAUGUUUAUAUAUGGAUGAGGAAUCUGUGCAUUUGAUUAAGCUUAUUAUGACUUGAUUCUAGCAUUUUUCCAACAUUUACAGCUCAGUUGCAGUAAGUAGUUGUUAUCUACUUAAAGUUCAAGUAAACAAAAUUCAGUAUAGUUGUUAGUAUAUCUGUUAUGCACAGUCUCAUGGUCUGUUCUGAAGUCAGAAAAUGUUCAUAUAAUAUCAUAGCUAAUCGUGUCUCCCACACAUUAUACUGAAUGUCACCACAGUUUUUCUGGUUGCAUUGUUCUUAUUUAUUUGAUAUGUUGGGCCAUAGGCACUGGUUUUUUAGAUUUGCUCCACUUAAGUCUUUUCCGGCAAGCAAAUCAUUUCAAGAUUAGUACAUUAGUACCGUUUGUGCUGAACAUCAAUUUAAUUGAAUUUGAGCUUUAAUAUUAAUCAGUGUAACUACUUUUUGCUUCCUCAGGCAUAUUAAAAUCCUCCACCAUUCCAUGUUAUUCAUGUCAUUUUGUUUAUCCAAGUUUUUAGUUACAUUUUUACUUUAAUUGGACUGCCCAUGGGCAGUGGGGAGGCAGUAUCAUGAUUUUUGUGAGGUUAUGGAACAUUGCACGAUUGCAUGGUCACAGCCCGUAUAUUCAUGAGUUGCAUGAAUUUAAUGAUCUGUGCCUUCAGUUGCAAACCUUCAGGUUCCAAUUCAUUUUAUUGUAAUUUCAACUUUUAAACCACAAGACAAAACAGGGUUACCAUAAGCAUAAAACAAUACUCAAUAUCUAUAAUUUUAAAUCACUGUACACUUCAGUUAAGUAGAUACAUAAAAGAUCCCUGCUCAUUUUGCUGCUGCCAGAAGAAAUGCACAAGAUCUGUAUUAAAAU